UUAGAAUUUUAAUAUAUCGGAGUUGGCCUAUUCGUCCGUGGCAUGUAUCAAGAUGGAAACUAAACCCAUUAUAAUAUUCAGGGUUGCAUUAUUAUUAUUAUUAUGCCUUCUUUUGCAGGAAAAGUGUAUCAAAAAAUGUCUCGAGGAGCACAAGCCGUCAAAGCGGCCAACAAGACCGGGUGAGCUAGCCGACGAGGAAAACGAUCCACGUCGUCCUCGUCCAAGCGGUCUAAGUCCUCGACCUCAUCGUCCAAGUGGUGCGAGCCCUCGUACUCCUCGUCCAAGUGGUAAAAACUGUAUAAAAGCCUGCCACGAGAAAUACAAGCCAUCAAUACUGCCAACAAAGCCGGGCAAGGAAGCUGACGAGGAAAGUGAUCCACGUCGUCCUCGUCCAAGUGGUGUAAGUCCUCGUCCUCCUCGUCCAAGUGGUGUAAGUCCUCGUCCUCCUCGUCCAAGUGGUGUAAGUCCUCAUCCUUCUGUUAAGCCUCUCUUUGUAAGUCUAGUUUGACUCAUGACUAUUUAAUAUUCUAACCACGCGCCCCAAAUAGCUGUGUCAUGCCAUCUUAGAGAAAUCCGCAUUCGAGCAACGUUAAACAGUGCGAUUUGUCGUCUUGAGUUUCCAGGAAGGUUUUUAUUUUGACAGUGGAGAUUGUUAAGCUUCUUGUUUUUAAAUUUUUCCGUUUACACUCUGUCAGAAUGCUUUACUCAUUAACUUAUGGGAGGAACAUUAAUUCAAAGUGGCGCCCUAGUUAUCAGACAGAUUCAUCCGGCCACCAAGAAGGAAACUAAGUUCAUGAAAACAACGGGGGUUGCGCCUUUGUUUUCUUUUAUUUUGUAGAAAAGGUGUAUCAAAAAAUGCUUUGAGCACUUUAAGCCAUCACAUCCGCCAACAUUCCCGGAAGAGCUAGUUGACAAGGAAAACGAACCUCUCCGUUCUCGUACAAAUCGUCCUCGUUCCAGUCGUCCUCGUCCUUCGGUUCUACCUCCGGUAGCAAGUUCGGUUUACGUCAUUUGAAAUGAUAUCUUUUUUACUCAUUGGCCCUAAUUACUGCACCUUCAAUCGCAAAGCAACAUUGUCAAACGUUAACAAUUGUUUUCUCGAGUUUCCGGCAAGUUUUGUUGCUGACAAUUGAAUUAAGUAAUUGUUAUUUGAAAUUUUCUUAUAACAUUUUAACAAAAUGUUUCUAAGU